GCCACACUGCCUCUUUAAAUCAGUGAUCAUUGGCUCCUCUGGCGUCAGCAGCGUCCACAAUCAAUACGGCAGCGAAACGCUCACAGUGGGAUAUUUUCGGAAAAGCCCGGCGUGUGGAGGAAGAGGACCCGAGUCACCGAGAGGCGGAGAGGCGCGUCCAGCUCCAUAGUGCUAUGUCGUCAGGGUGGAGAGCACCUGAGGCCUCCGCGUGUCCCACCAGCUGCAGCACCAGACGCGUCCCGUCUCCAGCCUCAGGAUGCCGCCGUGUCCUGUGAUCAUCACACCUCCACUAUGACCGUCUGCUACGCUGACGGAAGACGUGACGCCUGACUGAGCCACAAUGGAAGCCCCACCGCCGGGAACCAACCUGCCACGUUUGCCCCGUCAGUGACGUAUAGAGCCAUGCGCAGCGCCUCUCGGCCCGAUCUCCCCUGAUAAAAGCUGCCAUGGCUCUUUGCAACGAGAGCCUCCUGGAGGAGUGCGGCUUCGCGGAGGCCGACAGCUUGGAGAAGCCGGCGGAGAGCGCGACUCCGCUCAUAUCCGUCACUCUGCGCGUGACCCUGGCGGCCAUAAUGAUCUUCAUGAUCACUAUCGGUUUCCUGGGCAACGCAAUCGUGUGUCUGAUCGUUUACCAGAAGCCGUCCAUGCGCUCCGCUAUCAACCUCCUCCUCGCCACGCUGGCCUUCUCCGACAUCAUGCUGUCGCUGCUCUGCAUGCCCUUCACCGCGGUCACCGUGGGCACGGCCGACUGGAGCUUCGGCAGUGGAUUCUGCAGAGCCUCCAUCAUGCUCUACUGGCUCUUCGUCUUGGAGGGGGUGUCCAUCCUGCUCAUAAUCAGCGUGGACCGCUUCCUGAUCAUCGUGCAGCGGCAGGACAAGCUGACCCCGCACCGAGCCAAGCUGCUGAUCGGAGCCUCGUGGGCGCUGAGCGUGUGCGUCGCGCUGCCGUCCGUGGUCGGGUGGAGGUCGGGGGCGGCGGGGGGCGCCCGGGCGCCGCUGUGCGUGCUGGGGUACAGCGAGUCCCUGGCCGACCGCGGGUACACGGUGCUGUUGGCGGUGGCCGUGUUCUUCGUGCCGUUCGUGGUCAUGCUCUACUCCUACGUGUGCAUCCUCAACACGGUGCGCCGCAACACGCUGCGCAUCCACAAUCACAGCAGCGAGCGCUCCUGCCUGCCGGCCCUCAACCAGAUCAGCAAGAUGAGGCUCACGGGGCUGCAGCGGCCGCCUCACAUCAAAGUGGACAUGAGCUUCAAGACGCGGGCGUUCACCACCAUCCUCAUCCUCUUCGUGGGCUUCUCGGUGUGCUGGCUGCCGCACACGGUGGUGAGCCUGCUGGCUGUGUUCAGCCGCCGCUUCUACUACAGCCCGGCCUUCUACCCCAUCAGCGUGGGCGCCCUGUGGCUCAGCUACCUGAAGACGGUCUUCAACCCCAUCAUCUACUGCUGGAGGAUCAGGAAGUUCAGGGAGGCCUGUCAGGAGUUCAUCCCCAAAAGCUGCAGGUUGUGUCCCAGGGUGCCGGGGAGGAGCCGCAGACGAGUGAGGCCCAGCAACAUCUACGUGUGCACGGAGACUCAGUCGGCCGUGUGAACCUCGGAUGAGGCUUCGCUAGAGGCUUCUCACUUCUGUUUUCUCUGUGACUGUCCCAGACGUGCUCUGUCGCCUCAGGCUGUGAACGCGCCGUCGGUCCUUGAGUAGUGGUUGUAAUGACGACUCGUUUGUUUGUUAUGUUUACAAAAAAAAAAUCCUAAGUGUUGUUAAUGUUCUCUGAGAGUUUGAGAGGUUUUGUUAAAUUCAACAUUGCAAUGACCUUUGUGCAGAAAACAACUUUUUGUGAGUUGAAACUGUUGUUGAAACUGUUCACUGUUCAUCGAUAAAUGUGUUAACGAAACAGUUUAUUUUAAUCAUGAAACUUCAUCAAUAAAUGGUAUUCAAAUUAUGUUGCAUUUACAUUGUUCUUAGAUGCUAUUAAGCUUAAAACAUUUAACAUUUAUGAUCACAAUUUCAGCAUCACCUGCCCAAACAGACCUUUUACUGCUAUACAGCCCAAAACACAAAGAUGGUGCUGUUCCUUCGUUACACAGACAUCACACAAACGUACUAUGUCAGUUUGGUCUCAAACAAAUAAAUGUUGUGUGAAUAUAAUAUAAAUUUCUCCAGCUUCCAUAUCACAGAGGGAAAAAACUAUCUCUAUUUUUUUUUAUUAAAAAUUCAGGGAAAGGUGUCAUAAUCUGCAACCAAUGCAAUGUAUCUCUUUUUUCAUUGACUGUAAAGCAACUGAUCCUGAUGUGAUGAAGUGUAAAUCAAUCAAAAAUGUCUUUUCAAACCCA